AACUUCGGGGCCCAGUGUGUAGAGCCAGUUACCUUUCAGUCCCUCAGGCCCAUUCUAUCUCGGCCCUCUCUCGUCUCUCCCCUCUCCUGUCUGCUCUCUUCUUUACUCUUUUACCUUUACCUGUCUUAUAUUAUACGUCUUUCACCUAUACCACUUGCCCAUUACUCGGGAGCCAUUUUGAUAUCUUGAGUCGAGUUUCUCAUGUAUGUUAACUAGUGUAUUUAGUAUCUUUGCAACGUGUACUUCUGUAAAACAUCUGUCAUAAAAAGACGGAUUUCGCAUAUUCAAAUUUUUUUUUUUUACACUUUACUUAAAAAUGGUUUAAAAAUUUUUUUCAUCUUGGGAUUAAAUGUUGAUCCUCAUCAUUUUGUGAAGAAAAAAAAUAACAACAAUGGGCUCAAAAAUAGAAUAUGUUGAAUCCUCACAUAUGUAUGCAUCUAAUUACGUCCGUAAUUCAAAAGCAAUAGCAGUUCUGUGGGGAAUAUUCACUAUUUGUUAUGCAAUUAUUGGAGUGGUUGCAUUUGUGACACCUGAGUGGCUUGGAGAUUUAGAGCACGAGAAUCCGGGGAGGUUUGGACUUUGGUCACGAUGUAGCUACGGAUCUAGUGGUGAAGUAGGUGAAGAAUGUAUUGGACGACUAGAUGAUUUAUCAACAGUCGCAAAUGUGCCAUUUAAAGCCAGCACCAUUCUCGUGGGCAUUGCAGUUGUUAUUUCCUUGCUGUCAAUUUGCGCAAUGCUGCUUUUUUUCUUCUGUCAAAGUACCACCGUUUUUUAUAUUUGCGGAUGGAUGCAAGUGAUCUCAGCAAUUUGUAUGGCUGUGGGUGUCGGUGUCUAUCCACUGGGAUGGGAUUCGCCGAUGGUACGAGCGGUUUGUGGAGCAUCUGCAUCUCGAUAUGUCCCUGGUGCUUGCGCCAUAAGAUGGGCAAUACCUCUUGCAGCAAUAGCAGCCCUAGAUGCGGUAACUCUCGCCGCACUUGCAUUCAUUCUCGCUUCCCGACACGUGAGACUUGAAGCCGAGCCAUUCAACAACGGAUCCCUCUACAAAGGAGAAGUUAACCCUGGAUACGUAAACGAGGCCCAAAGUGUCGCAGGCUCCAGAAAAUCUCUCUCACUCCGGCCAGUUUUGCUCGUGGCACCUCCAGAGCAAGAUCGAUACAGCGAAUUAUCUCGCGCUAAAUCUCACUCUCACCACAGUCUCUACACUCCCGGUGGACCUCAUCCAGUUCACACUCUCUCCACAAAUACGCUCAGUCACUCGCAAAGAAAUUUCCAACUCUAAACAAAUUUAUUAUUUAUGUUAUUAUUAAUUGUUGUGACUGAUUUAUACAUAAUUUAAUUUAAAUUUAUUAUUUUUUCACGUUACCUUAAUUUUAAGUUUUACAUUUUUUAAUUUUUAUUUAAGAAAUUUGAGUGUCUCGCAUUUAGGUGGUGGAUAUUUUUAUCCGAGUGAUUGUUUUUUUUUUUU